AUGACUGACCAGCAACCUCUCACAGCCUUCGGGAUCCAAGAACCGCCUCUCGCUCAGCAAAACCGCGUUGGCAGCCGGAUUGCCUCAGGGAUAGAUCGUGCGACCAAAGGCGCAAGCGUCGCGGCGCAUCAAACAAGAAGUCUCUUUGGCCUCGACCGCCAGGGCCCUUCUGAGCCCGCACAGCCCGAAUCGAACGACCCCAACGACCCUCGCAACUGGAGCGAGAAACACAAGCACAUCACCUACCUCACAAUAUGCCUCUUCUCGUUCAUGGCCAACGUCAACGCCUCCAACUUCACCGUCGCCGUCGUCCCCUUAACCCAAGCCUUCAAGAUCACCACCACGCAAGCAACAGCUCUCACCGCCCUGAACGUCCUGACCUUCGGCCUAGGCAACCUCCUCUGGGUCCCCCUCAUGCGCAUCAUCGGCAAACGACCAAUCUACCUCAUCUCGCUCCUCAUCCUCAUCAUCACCAACGCCUGGAGCUGCACCGCCACCUCCUGGGUGAGCCUCCUCGCCGCGCGAAUGUGCUCAGGCAUCGGCGCCUCCGCCGCCGACGCCACAGUCCCCAACGUCGUCUCCGACCUCUGGCCCAUCGACCAGCGCGGCCGCAAAAUGAUGUUCUUCGCCGUCGCGCUCGGAUCCGGAAUCUUCCUGGGCCCCAUCAUCAACGCCUGGGUCGUGCAGCUGCACGGAUGGCGGUGGUCGCCGGGCUGGAUGGCCAUCGUCUUCGGCUUCAUCUUCGUCCUCGCCCUCUUCCUCAUCCACGAGACUGAGUACCGCAGAGAGCGAAAACACUUCCCGCCCGAGUGGAUCCCGCCCCAACGCAAGUUCUCCGGCUACCUCUCCCUCAAACUCGGCCUCGAACCCCACCAACCCGCCAAACGCUUCUUGCGCACGCUCAAGGACAUUCUCGUCAUGACCCUCUACCCGCAACUCAUCUGGUCCGCGCUGCUCGUAGGCGUCUUCGUCGGCUGGACAAUCAUCAUCCAAGUCACCCUCGGCCAGAACUUCAGCAACCCGCGGGGGACCUACCGCUGGCCGCUAGGCAUCACCGGGCUCAUGCACUUCGCCGGCUGGAUCGGCGCGAUGCUGUCAUACUUCGCGGGCGGCUGGCUGCUCGAUAGGAUGUAUCGAGGACGGAAACAACGCGCCGAGCGGAAAGGCAAACUCACGCCUGGUUCACAAGCGCAUUUCCGCCUCCCAGGCUUGAUCAUACCCUUCUUAAUCGCCCCUGUAGGCCUCCUCGUCUACGGCAUCUCCCUCGCGAAGCAAGCCCCCUGGCCCGGCUACGCGUUCGGCUACGCCCUGCACUCAUUCGGCUUCGUUGCCGUGUCGAACUUCGCGACGACCUAUCUCAUCGAUUGUUUCACGCAGCAUGGCGGGGAAUCUCUGGUUAGUUUCUUCAUCAUCAGGAACGCCAUUGCGGUGCUGUGUAGUUUUGAGGUGCAGAGUUGGUUGGGGAGGAGUGGGGCGAAGGGGAUGUUUGGGACGAUGGCGGCGGUGGAGUGGGUUGUGCUUGCUUGGGGGAUUGUGAUGUAUUUUGGGGCGGGGUGGUUGAGGGGGUGGACGGAGAGGUUUGGGCCUCAGAGGCGGUUGGUGGAGGAGAAGCGGGAGAGUGGUGGUGGCGAGGUUAGAGUGUCGACGAGGAGACAGGAGAUGGUGUAG